AUGAAUUGGAAUAUAGAGUAUAAACCAUUGGUUGAACAGGACGCUAGGGUAUUUGGAGGGCUAGACAGGGAUAUGGUACAACAAACAUUACAAAUGGUGGUUAGUUUUGUUGACAAUUUUGGGCUGAGUUUAUUGGAAUUGACAAAUGACGACUGUGUUGUUCAAGAUAGUAUAUUAUCGUUUUACGAGAACUUGCCGAAAGUGUGUCUGGUCAGAAUCACGCCAAAAAUUGUUAUUAUAGGAUAUGAAAUGGCCGCUCGACUGGUUUUUUCACAGUCUCCAUUUGCUACGUCUAGAGUGUGUGGUGUUAUUGCCAGUUAUCGAGAGAUAUGUACAAACAGCAAGAACCGCGACGACCCAGCAGUGUCAACAUUUAAUUCUUUGGUCAUGGAUACUUGUAAUAUACUCUGGCGUGACAAUGCAUUUUCUGAAAGUGUAAACUCAGAUCAGUUUGGACUUACAAAAGAAUUUAUUGAAGCUUUGGAUAAGCAAUGUCAGGAGAAAUCCUUAUCAUUCAAGGCACUCUAUUCAAUUACAAACUCUCCAUUGUUUAUAUGGGUCAGUAUGUUAUACUUGAGAUUGAAAGAGCAUGAGAAUUUUGCUGCUACUGAAGUAUAUACGGGUCAGAUUACUAGAGAGCGAUUUCAAGAAAUGUCUAAAGCGGGCAAUUGGCUUGACAUUGAGUAUGAUGAUUUCCGAGUCGGACUUCUGUCCAAACUGGAAGACGCCGGGUAUGAGGGCAUCAACGUGCUCCUGUAUACAUCACUGAAGCAACUGAUGGAUCGGAGAUAG